CUGGAGCAACUAGCAAACCCCAAGACUUGGAUUAAUGCAGCUACUCAAAUCUUCUUCUCUCUUGGCCUGGGCUUUGGUAGUUUAAUAGCAUUUGCCAGCUACAAUGAGCCAAACAACAAUUGUGAGCGACAUGCCAUCAUUAUUUCCUUAAUAAAUAGUGCUACCUCAAUAUUUGCCAGCAUUGUCACAUUCUCCAUUUAUGGCUUUAAAGCAACUUUCAAUUAUGAAAGCUGCAUAAACAAGGUGAUCUUGCUGUUGACUAAUGUUUUUGAUCUGAAAGAAGAUUUAUUAACAACAGAAAACCUUGAGAAUAUGAAGCAGUAUUUGGCAUCUGUUCACCCUGGAAAAUAUGCAGAAGUGUUGCCACAGAUUAAGAACUGCAGUUUGGAAAUUGAACUAGAUACUGUGAGUCUUCCUUCCUUUUUUUCCAGAAAGAAUAUGAUGAAAUCAUUUGUUGAUGUCAAGAAAUUUGGUCAGUACCUUGAAUAUGAAAUAGCUGAUCUACUGAGAAUGGGAGACCUUGUUUAAAUCCUCAGUUAGCCAUAAACUCAUCAUGGAUCAGUAAAUUAAUUUUAAAAAAAUUAAUGCAGAAAAUUAAAAUACAAACUCCAAUUUGUAUUUUUCCAAUUAGGGGGGAUUGGAAAUUUUACAAAAAUAAAACUAAACUAAAUAGAGACAUUAAAAAGAUGGAUUAGGGUUGAAUUGGGAUUUUCUUAUAAAUCAAUUAGCAGUUAUGAACUUUGGAGAGAAAUUUAUUGAGAUGAUCAGAGCAAUAUAUUCUAGACAGAGGGCAAAAAUAAUACUAAAUGGGGAAGCAACAGAAGGUUGCAACAUAACCAAAGGGGUAAGACAGGGAUACCCUCUAUCCCCGCUGUUAUUUAUCCUCUCAAUAUAGACAUUGUUACAAAUUAGGCAAAACAAGGACAUAAAGGGGUUGAAAAUUACAACACAUGAAUACAAAAUGCAGGCCUUUGCAGAUGAUCUAGCAUUUAUCAUAGAGGAACCCCUAGAAACUGGACUAAAACUAUUACAAGAUAUAAACCAAUUUGGUAAAGUGGCAGAGCUUAAAAUAAAUAAAGAGAAAACUAAAAUAUGAACUAAGAAUUUAACCAAAAGACAAAUUGAAGAAUUGGAGGAGAAACUGGGAAUUUCAAGGGCCAAGAAAAUUAAAUAUUUGGGAAUAUGGUUAUCCGCAAAAUGUAUUAUAAUAAAAGAAGAUAACUACAACAAAUUGCUACGACAGAUACAAAAAGAUUUGGAUAAUUGGACUAAACUACAGAUAUCAUUAAUUGGCAGAAUCUCAAUAAUCAAAACAAAUGUAUUACUCAAACUACUUUAUCGUUUUCAAACAAAACCGAUAAUUAGAGAUUUUUUUCCCCAAACAACUAAAUAAAACAACUAAAUAAAAUGGUAUCCAAAUUUAUCUGGUCAGGGGGGAAAAAUGUGUAUUAAAUGCAAACAUUUACAAGACAUUAGAAACAAAAGGGGCUUUGGCCUCCCAGAUUAUCAAGCGGAAGCCCUGACAUGGCCCAAGGACUGGAUUCAACUAAAAAAAUAAAAGAAUCCUUAUGCUAGAUGGCCACGAUCUCCAACUAGGCUGGCAUGGCUUCCUCUAGGAGAGAGACAUAUAGUAAGGGAUGCCCUGUUUAGGAUCUGGAAAAAAUAAAAAUAAACACCACUACCUGAAAAUUCCAAUCUGGUUAUCAACGAUGGAGGCAAUGACAUAUCUAAAUACUAUAGAUCUCAGUAAAAUGGUAAGAUAUGCAGAGCUCUUAGAUCAAAAAGGAGAACUAAAAUCAGUACAAGAUCUAAAAACACAAGGAAUAAAUAUGGAAUGGUGGCCCUAUCUUCAAAUUAAAACAAGAUUUUAAAAAGAUCGGGAACAAUACAGAAUACACGAGAAACAAAUGGAAUUAGAUAAAAUAUUACUAGGAACAGGAGGAAAAAUCAUCACUAGAUUAUAUAAUUUUCUUUUAAAAUAUUGGAGGAAGAGACGGUAAAGGAGACAAUGAUU